AUGGGAAGGAAGCUGGACCUCUCCAAGCUCACCGAUGAGGAGGCCAAGCAUGUUUGGGAAGUCGUUCAACGGGACUUUGAUCUGCGGAAAAAAGAGGAGGAACGGCUGGAGGAGCUGAAAUGCAAGAUCGACCAGGAGAGCAGCAAGAGAGAGUUUCUGACGAAUCAGUCCCACCUCAAUGAAACCCACUGCGUCCACUGCCUCCAGCCCUUCAAAUUCUUGCUGAACAGCAAGCGCCAGUGCCUGGACUGUCACUUCUAUACCUGCAAGAACUGCAGCCGCUACAACAAGAAGGAGCAAGGCUGGGUCUGCGAUCCCUGCCGACUCUCCAGGAUCGUGAAGAUCGGUUCCCUGGAGUGGUACUACGAACACGUGCGAUCCCGUUUUAAGAGGUUUGGAAGUGCCAAAGUGCUGCAGUCUCUCUACGGCAGGCUUCAGCCAGGGCAAGCAGUGAAUUCCACACUUCUAGGUCUUCAUGACAGAGUUUACAGCCUGCCAGACAUUAACAGUGAAUGCCAGCUCCUCACUAGUGGUGGUAUUGGGGACGACAGCGAUGAUGAAGAUGAUGUCCUUCGUGGAGCUGAAGCAGAGUGCUUCAGCAGAAUGCGCAAGACAAAGCGCCUGCUGUCUGUCCAUCCCUUUGAUUUUGAACUGGACUCGGAGUACUCUGCUCAGUCUCGCCGCCAGUCUGUGCAGCUCUCUCCAGCAGCCAGCAGCCCGGAUGCUUUCCAGUCCUUCCCAGAUUUCCCCAACUCAGCUGAAGAUGCCUCCCAGACGGAGUCCAGGAUCACAGAGGCAGAUCUGGUCUUCCACCACAUCUUGCAGGAACAGCGACCAGGUGUGAGCCCUCCGGAGCAGCACUUCAGCACAGAGGUUCGGCUCACCGUCAAUUCACGGAGAAGGAGCCUGGAAAGAAAUGCAAAACCUGGCAGCUCCAGGAAUGAGCAGUCCCAGUCCCGGUACUCUGCAGAUAUGGAUACCUCUGAUGAGGACUUGAAGGGAGCCCAGUUCCCCACCUACCCGCCCCAUCACACGAAACGCCGGAGCAGAGCCUCCUCCCAGGAUAACGUCAGUCACUCUGGGAAUCAGUCUCCAGCCCCAGAGUCCCAACUUGAUCCUGAUGCUGAGGAGGAGGAGUUGAAGAGGAAGCUGGAGGAGUUAGCCAGCAAUAUCAGUGACAAAGAAGUCUCUUCUGAAGAAGAGGAGCAUGAAGAAAAGAGAGCAAAGAAACCAGAGAUUGGUUGCUCCGGUGAUGACAUGGCCAGAGAUGCUCGAAAGAGGUCAUCGGCUCAGGCUUUGAGCGAAAUCACCGCCAAAGUACUGAGAGCCAUAAACGCCACGGAGAAAGCGGUGUGUGAGUCGUUGCAUGGAAAGAGCCAGUGCAACGGCGGCUGUGCCCCCUCCGCAGGGCAGCUUCCCAGCCUGGGAGACGGGAAAGAGGUGGCCGAAGCAUACCGUGAGCUUGAAGAAAAUGUGUACCUGACUGCUGGGAAGACCUACCGGCUUGAGAAGACCCUGAAGGAACUUGAGGAAGGGGCUCAGCACAGUGGCACUACUGACUCGGAGCUGUCAGAGCUGGAGGACAAAGUCGCCUCCGCAGCCGCUCAGGUGCAACAGGCAGAGAGUGAGAUAUCAGACAUCGAAUCUCGAAUUGCGGCUCUGUCCGCAGCAGGGCUGACAGUGAAGUCAGUGGAAAAGGCGAGGAAGAAGUCGAGCGCGCAGGCUGCCUGCCUCCACUCUCCAGGUCCUGCCAGCAGCAGCCCAGGGGAGUCUUCAGAUGACAUUAAAGUGAUGCCCAAACUGCAGGGGUUCAGGAGGAAGUUCAACAGUCCCUUCGAAAUCACCAGUCUUGAUGACUCCUUCGACCGCAACUCUAUUUACCGUGGCUCCCUGACACAGAGAAACCCCAAUGGAAAGAACAGGAGAGUGGAGCGGCUCUUUGCGAAGCCUGUGAUGACGCACAUGUCCUGA